UCACACCCUUUUAUGACGCAAUAUAGGUGGUGAUUCAGUUACAUGGCAGCGAAUUUCUACUUUGAAUGUGGUCUGCUUUCGAAGGAGUUUUCCCUGUUCAUAAGUCGUUAUUUUGAGAUCGAGGCAAACAGAAUAGUGGCCAAACUAUGAACCGUCUUGCGAAUUUUUUUCAUAGCAAAAGAUCGCAGGAAAAGGUUUUUAAAGGAAAUCGUCUAGCCGUCAGUCAAAAAUUUUGUUACGGCGUUGGGCACAUACUGAAUGACCUCGCUGCUAACACAUGGUACAGCUACCUAAUCAUCUACCUGACAAAAGUAGUUCGACUGUCAAACAGUCAUACAGGACUCGUUGUCUUACUCGGACAAGUUACCGACGGAGUUUGCACACCGAUCAUCGCAAUAUUGAACGACAGGACUGUGUGCCGAUAUGGUCGAAGAAAGAUAUGGCAUGUAGUGGGGUCAAUCUGUGUCAGUUUUUCAUUCCCGCUUUUAUUUACACGUCUCAUUGGUGAUGAAGCUAGCGCCUCUUUGAAGCUUGCUUAUUACAUCGGCAUCGCUGCCUUGUUUCAGUUUGGCUGGGGUUGUGUUCAGAUCAGUCAUUUGUCAUUAAUCCCAGAGAUUGCUAUUAGCGAAUCCGAAAAAGUCGAGCUGAAUGCUAUUAGUUCGGCUUUACGAUUUAUUUGCGGUAUUUUUGUAUUUUGCGUGACAUGGAUUCUGUUAGGAAGAAGCUCAGAGGCAAAUAUUUCGUCCUCUAUGUGGCAGCAGUUUAUGUAUCUUGGUUUUAUUAUCGUCGGAACUGGCACUGUGUGUAACAUUGUGUUCCACGUUGGAAUCAAAGAGCCUCCCUCUGAUGCGUUACUGAAGUGGUUAGAGGAACGUAAAAAUGGCAAUCACAAGUUCAGGCGGAGAGGAACCGAAAAAAAAGGUCUGUUGGUACGGGCCGUGUACCCGCCGCCAUUUCCAAGCAGAAGAAGCGGAGCUUCGCCUGCUGUGGUGAUGACACUGCAAGAGAAAGAGAAGAAGAAAGCGGCAGAUCAUAGCGAAGGAACAGAGUGUCCAGUAUGCUUGGAAAACGAGGAAACACGGAGAUCAACGCUAAAUAUAACCGAUAAAACAGCUAUUCUUGGCGGAGGAAAAAGCAAGCGCCAGUGGAUGACAAGCCCUGAAAUGUAUAAAAUUGGCUUCGUGUACAUUUGUACGCGUUUGUACGUGAAUGUUUCACAGUCAUAUUUACCACUUUAUUUGACGGAGACAAUGCGAUUCGAGAAGGAAUCUAUUGCUUACUUUCCUUUGGUCGUGCUGGUGACAGGAGUUUUUGCAAGUACAGCUGUCAAACCACUUAAUAAACGCCUUGGUAGCAAGAUCACAUUUUGCCUGGGCGCCAUGAUGGCCGUCAGUGCUAGCUUCUGGUUCUUUGUUCAAACGAUUGACGCACGGACUGCCGUGUACGCGACCUCUAUGCUUAUGGGCAGCGGUGGUUCUGUCAUGCUUGUGACGUCAUUUUCCUUAAUCGCACAGCUCAUUGGCCAAGAUAAGAGAUCCGGAGCUUUCGUGUAUGGUUUUAUCGGAUUCUUUGAUAAAGUUUUCAGUGGCGCCGUAUUUGCUGUUAUUCAGCAACUAAAUCCUCGGAAAGAUCAGAGAGCUGAAUGUUUCACGUGCGAUGAAUACACGCGUCACGUGCAAAGCAUAGUACCAGGCGCGGUUGCUCUUCUCGCACUUGUGUCAGUAAUGAUGUUCUUUGAAUCCAUUUUCGUGUGCAAGAAAAGAGCGUCGACAACGGACGCUGCAGUCCAAGUUGAUUUUGAUGAAAUCCUAGGCGAUGGAGACACCAGCUCAAGUGGUGUGGAAACAUCCUCCAUGACAGAGAAGGAUGACAGCGAAGCUUGCAACCUCGACAGCGUAGAAAAGGGAGCAUGUGCAAUGCAAAACAGAACUUUUGAUUGUUCUAUUGAAUCGCGGAACUUUCACCCGAAGAAAACCACAAUGCAGAGCUAUGUUGCCAUGCGACUGGCUUCUGCAUCGCCUCCUUCUCCAAUGUUAGAUCGAAGAACGAUUUUAUAGCCCGGCAGUUCUGAAUACGAUGAGUGCCCCGUGGGAACGUAUUAAUUUAUCGUGGUGUGGGAUGUGUCAUUGCAGUAGAGAACAAAAAAGCCUUUUCUCAGGUCGAUUAGGAUUUAUUUUUAAUAAAAUAACGGUAAAGCAUUAAGUUAUAGCACGACAACGUUCAUAUGUGAGUUGCAAGAAUAUAUUUGUGGUGGGAUGGGAAAGGGCGUGAUUUCUCGAACUGGUGUUCUUGACUUUCCCAUAACGGUGGCGGGCCAAAAAACAAAGAAAGAAAAAAUAAGAAGAGGAAUUUUUAGGACUCAUGAAGGUGGAAACGUAACGUGACAACGACAAGGAUGAGAUUGAAGAUACAGCAAUCAUACUGAUAAUGCUUUUAACCUUGAUGAAGAUGGUGAUGCCAAAAAGGAACAACUGACAUUGUCAUUUCGUGAUUUUGUUGCGUUACUUUGCAGCUAAACUUGCUCUCUCAGAUCUAGAAACGAGUUCUCUGCACCGUCUGCCUCACAUUGCUUACAAUUUUCCCCCUGAAAAUUGGGUGGUAAAUCGAACGAUAUUCUCUUGUUAAAAUCUUCUCCACUUUCUCAUCAUCUUCCAGUUUCAAAACGUAGUAGUACUGAGAGGGGGAAUUCAUUUUUGGUCUGUCCUAUGAGUGAAAGGGUUAGGCAAGCGGCAAUGACUUGUCGAGUGUCGAGGUAACCUCGACAACACUGAAUUUAGACACUGUGUGUCGUGGAAACUUGAUUCGUCCGUGACGAAAAACUCCAAAUGAUUUACUUCUAAGUUCUCUUAUAUUUUCCUUAUAUUACUUCGAUUUCCAGGGUUGCAAAGUGAUUUUUUGCAUUGUCUUGUCACCGAAUUUUAUACUCUUUGUACCAUCUUUGUUAGUAUUUAACUUCUCACCACUAAGUAAAAAAAAAAAAAGCGAAGCGAUGGCUAAGUGGGACAAAGCUGGAAUAUUUCUUAUUUAAAUUAUUAAGUGAUAGGAGACAAACGCGGUAUUUGGAGGUUUUAAACAUAGACACGUCCAAUAAAAAUAGUUAAAACUUCGUGUGAUCUAGCGAGUGAUUCGCCAGAUGUAAUUCAUCGAUCCGUGAUAUCUUACCAUGUUUUAACCAUUAUUUGACCAUAAUGAAAGCUAUAACAAAAUUA